AUCACAACUUCAUCAGCAAAAUAAAAUUAUAAACAAUUAAUAUCCAAAUAUUCCAACUCAGGUUACCAUAUCUCCUCCUCCCUCAGCCAAACAAUUUUUGCUCUAGAGCAAGCUUUAACAACAAUGAAGAAAGUAGUGUUAAGGAUGGAGUUGCAUGAUGAUAGGAUGAAGAAAAAAGCUAUGAAGACAGCAUCUGGCCUUUUAGGGGUUGAAUCAGUUAGUGUUGACAUGAAAGACAAGAAAAUGACCCUAUCGGGGGACGUUGACCCAGUGAGUGCAGUGUGCAAGCUACGAAAGUUGUGUCAGACAGAACUGGUUUCAGUUGAAACAGCAAAGGCAGAGAAAAAGAAGGUCGAAGCAACAGUGCCUGUUCCUCUAAAGCUCUAUGAAGCCAAUCCCCUUUAUUAUUAUCGAAUGGCACCACCACCUUAUAGUCAAAAUUACUAUAUUAGUAGUGUUGAUGAGAAUCCUAGUGGUUGUGUGAUCUGCUAAAUUUUCGGUAUUACAAAGUUUGAUAAAAUGACAUCAUAAUCAUUUUGAUUGGUUUUAUUUACAUUUGUGUUUAUCUAGAAUGUUGAAGCUACAGUGUUUCCAAAUUUGUAGUACUGUAAUGACCAGUGGUGUAUGAUUAGAUAUGAUUUUGCCAUUUUACAAAAUGUAGACAAAAUUUUGAUGUCUUAUUAAUAAAAAAAUAAUUACCAAGGGGGAAUUUAGUUUCAA